UCGUACUUCGGAAUUUGAUCUUGGCUCCUUUGACACUGCGCUCAGGAGACUUCAAAAAGGGAGUUCCCGUUCCAAACCUCCCACCAGGCUGGAGCUGACCUUUCUCCAAGGUCCCCUUUCUUGUGCAUCCCUGGAAAUUGCGCCUUCCUCAUCUCUCAGAAGGCCCUGAGACCCCAGGGCUCAGCCUGAGUUCUAGGAUGGAAUUUUUGGACACAGCAUUAACCUUCUAGUGGUGUGUCAUUUCCCCAAUAGCAGAUUAUAUAAAUUGACCAAGCUGUUCAUGAUUCUUUGUUGAAGCAAAAAGACAAAUUGAAUGGUGGAGAAAGAAGUGGAAAGGACAUUUGUCCAGAAGAAGCCUGAGAAGAUGAUGAGCAGAUAAAGACGCAACAAAAUUUGGGAAGCCAGUUGCAUCCAUCUUCAGUAAAGUACAAACUGAGGAAAAAAGCAGUGAAUAUAAGAAAGUUGGAUAAAUACUUCUUCUGAUCUCAGACCUUAUAUCUUUUAAGGCAAAUUCUUUUCAACACCUAUAAAGAGUUUCAAAAACAAUUUAGACUUAAUCAUGAGGGACAUUGUGUAGGAAUGAAUCAUCAAUUUUAUUGAUUUGGAAAUCCUGCCACAGCUAAGUCCUUAUGGUAAUAACCCUCUUUAAGUGUAAAUCAGAGUGGAAAUGCCUUCAGUUAAAAAAGUUUGAACCCUAUCAGAUACCAGAACAUUCAUACUAGAUUCAUACUCUAUGAAGUUAUUGAAUGUGGGAAAAUUUUCACUUCAUGUGUCACACCUUGUGAAAUGUAGAAGUGAGGCUGGAUAUAAGCCCUGUGUUUCUAAGGAAUAUUGAAAAGCCUUUAGCUAGAUGACAUUUCAUUGAGCAGAAGAGAAUUCAUACUGAAGAGAAACCAAUGAAUUAACAAAGUUCACUGAGUAUUGGAAUAUUUAUACUUGGAGAGAGAGCUAUAAGCUCAGAAUGAUAAAGUUUUCUCACACCUAUCCUUUACUUUACAUUUGAUAGGUCACACACAGAGAAGUCCUACUAAUGUAAGAAAUGUGGAAAUACUUUCAGGUAAAAGUAAAUCCUCAUUCCUCAAAAAAUUCAUACUGGAGAGAAAACUUGUGAAUGUGGGAAAGCUUCCAUUCAGAUGUCACACCUCAGUCAGCAGAGAAUUUGUAGUGGGGAAAACCCCUUUGCCUGUAAGGUAUGUGGGAAAGUCUUCAGCCACAAAUCAAAUCUCACUGAACACGAGCAUUUUCAUAAUAGAGAGAAACCUUUUGAAUGUAAUGAAUGUGGAAAAGCCUUCAGCCAAAAGCAGUAUGUCAUUAAACAUCAGAACACCCAUACUGGAGAGAAGCUUUUUGAAUGUAAUGAAUGUGGAAAAUCCUUCAGCCAGAAGGAAAACCUCCUUACCCAUCAGAAAAUUCACACCGGAGAAAAACCUUUUCAGUGUAAGGAUUGUGGGAAAGCUUUCAUUCAGAAGUCAAACCUCAUCAGACACCAGAGAACUCACACAGGAGAGAAGCCCUUUGUGUGUAAGGAGUGUGGGAAAACCUUCAGUGGGAAAUCAAACCUUACUGAGCAUGAGAAAAUUCAUAUAGGAGAGAAACCCUUUAAAUGCAGUGAAUGUGGAACAGCUUUUGGCCAGAAGAAGUACCUCAUAAAACAUCAAAACAUUCACACUGGAGAGAAACCCUAUGAAUGUAACGAAUGUGGAAAAGCCUUCUCUCAACGAACAUCACUUAUUGUACAUGUGAGAAUUCAUUCAGGUGAUAAGCCUUAUGAAUGUAAUGUAUGUGGGAAAGCCUUCUCUCAAAGCUCAUCUCUUACUGUGCAUGCGAGAAGCCAUACAGGUGAGAAGCCCUAUGGAUGUAAUGAAUGUGGGAAAGCCUUCUCUCAGUUCUCAACCCUUGCUUUGCAUUUGAGAAUACACACAGGUAAGAAGCCUUAUCAAUGUAGUGAAUGUGGAAAAGCUUUCAGCCAGAAGUCACACCACAUUAGACACCAGAAAAUUCAUACUCAUUAAAAACCUUGUAAAUAUCUUGAAAAUUGGAAAGCAUUCAUGAGGAAUUUAUUCCUCAUAACAAGCACAUCAGAAGUUAUCAUUCUGAAGGAAAGCGUCACAAGUGAGGUUAACAAAAACUAAAAACUUGUGGGACACCAGAGAAUAUGAUUCAUACUGGAGAGAAAGACGUUAUAAAAAUCCUGUGCCCAACAAAAACCUACAGCAAAUAUAAUGCUGAAACUGUAGGCGCAUUUCCACUAAAAUUCGGAAUAGGAAACAUGCUUGUUAUCAUCCUGUCUGCCUAGAUCUGGAGAUCUUCACCAGUGUAAUAAGAAAAAUAAGUUGUUAAGUAUUGGAAAGGAAAAUAACUUUGUGGUAUUGUUUUAGCAGAACAGAAGACAUUCUGGAAAUACCUAUGCAUUUAUUAGAAUUUAGAGUAGGAUAGAAAUGGCGUCAGACGGUGGGAAGAGAAUGGGACUGUUUAAAAAGUGAUUUGGAGAUAAUUUGUUCUCCGAGGGGGAAAAAAAGACCAUGAACUAUGCACAAAGGUAAGAUCUACAAGGAUUAAAAACAGGAAUAUGAAAAAGCUAUAUACUAAAAUGGUUAUGACCUUGGGAGUAGGGAAACAUUCCUUAUAAUGAAUUGAAAAAUAUCUGGCAUUUCUACUCUGAGUUUGUAUGCUUAGGAAAUAUAUUAUUGACUGUGGCAUGACUUGUAGUGGCCAUAAAUUGAAAACAAAUGCCCAUCAGGAAUAAAGUAGAAAGUACUUGUGAUGGGAAUACCAUGUAUCUGUAACAAAUAAGAUCUACAAGUAUUACAGAGAAAGGUAUCACAAAUGUUGAGGAAAAAUGAAGUCGCGGAAUGACACAACUAAUACCGUGACAUUUUUGUAGAUUUGAAUUAAAACUUUCAUCACAAAAUUUAGUACUGUAUAUUGAUAACAGAUACAUAUAGGAAUGUAUGUUUUAAAAAGGUUUUUGAAAUGGAUUGGAAUGAUACAGACCAACUCUUGAUAGUAAUUGCCUGUAAAGAGUUGGACGGGAAGGGGAUGAGUGUGGGAGGGAUGGAGUGGGGAUUCGUUAAAGGGGACUUCACUUUUUAUAUGUAAACAUUUCUCUUGAAAACGAGAGAGACUGCAAGUAAAUAUAUAUAUAUCAAAGUACUGGAUAGUUCUGGAUUGUGGUAAAUGGAUAUCUUGUCUUAUUUUUUUGUACUUUUCUGUAUUUUUAAAUUUUCUCAUUUAAUAAGGAUGGGGGUGAGGAUGGGAACACUAGCUAUAGAAGUCAUGUUCCAAUGGAUUUAUUCCUAAUCAAAUGCUAAACUUUUUAUAGAAAAUAUUUCUAAAAUUUUAUCAAUGAGUGGAUGAACUUGUUCUCUAUGUAGUAUGAAAUUAUCUAUUUUAUUAAAAUUUAAAAAUGAUAGCAUAAUCCAAAUCUGUUUAAUUUAUUUUUACAUGUCAGUGUGUACUUAAUGGUUGCUCUACAUAUUUCUAACAUUUUGCAACAUUUAAGCUUAGAAAAUUUUGAGAAUUUUUAGUUAAAUAAGGAUACACACACAGACUUCAUAUAACUUGUCUUUUUAGAUAAAUUUUCUGGAAUGUCAAAUGUCCUGUCUGUAAAUUUUCAUGGGAAUAGUAUAUGCAUUAAAAAUAAGUUUCUGGUUGUAUUAUUUUAAAAAUAAAACCAUUCAACUGUCCACAACUUUCACAGUUUGAGUUAAAUGCUAACAUCUGGAUCUUGGUUAUAAACUGCAAACUAUUUUAUUCUUCCCAGUACUUGGACCUCCCCCAGCUUUAUUGAGAUGUAAUUGACAAAUAAAAUUGUAAGAUAUUUAAA